AUGCCUUCACCAACAGACAAUCUACCAAUCUACAUCCUCUCAUCCAUCGUCCUGCUCGGCGCUUUCUCCAGAUUCACCCACGGUGUGUACACCCCGCAAUUCUAUGCCUUUCAAGAAAAUCACGCUCCCGACGAUGGAUCUUUGACAGCCACCAUAACUCCCAUAGUCGACACUCUGGUUGGACUCAGCCUGCUCUUUGGGAGCCGUGUGCUUAGACUUUUUGCCGCGUCCCUGUCCGUCGUGUUCUUUACGCUCGGGCUCGGUCUACAAAUGCAAGCCGACAAAGCCUACGGCCCGGAUGUAGCGCUUGUGGUACUGGGCAUCGUCGCUCUCUUCAGCCAACUUCGAAAGUAA